AAUAAAGCCAAAAACAUUAAAUAUAUACAAAAUAAUAUACUAACAUAUCUUGCAUGAAUACAUCAAAGUACAUACAACUGAACACAAAAUAGUUAACAAGAAAACAAACAGGAAUCUCCAUGGUUGCAAUUGAAGAUGCACAACAUCAUUUUCAUUGCAUCAUUUUCUCGUGGUUGCCGAGCCGAUGAAUCCUGUGAAACAAACACAAACAAAUAUUACAAAAAAAAAACAAUAAUAAUAAACUACAAGAUGAAUGAGACUUUGAAGAAGAAUCCUGUGAAACAAAGAAUCCAAUUAGAUGCCCAAUGUUCAACUUUGUACGUAGUGCCUUCUCAGAAGCUUUUUUUACAGAAAAAACUUCAUCCAAAGCCGGCACAAUUCAAAUACAUGGCUCCAUGAACUUUGGCUCCAUCGCCGUUAACUCAAACUUCAAGACAACCAAACUUCAUGACCACCUAUAUAUAAAUUAGCAGUUGGCUUGAAAGUAGAAAGAAACUCACUGUCUGGUGUUUGCUAAUCAUAAAUCAAUGGAACAGAGUCUGGUUAUACAAGUGACAGUGUGUGUAUUUGUAGUGAUAGGAGUGCUGGGGAGAGUGUUAUAUUCUAUAUGGUUGAAGCCCAAGAUGCUGGAGAUGCAACUGAGAAGGCAGGGACUCCGAGGGAACAAGUACCGACCGUUGGCGGACAUAAAGGAUGAGGCGGCCUCUUUGAAGGAGGCUUGGUCCAAGCCGAUGGAGCUUACACACGAGAUAAUACCUCGUGUGAUUCCCUACGAUCACCAGAUGUUUAAGAGACAUGGCAAGAUGGCAUUCAAAUGGGCUGGAACAACUCCGAAACUGAAUAUUUGGGAUUUGGACAUGAUGAGGGAGAUCCUGCAAAACAAAUCCGGAGAAAUUCUCAAGCCACGAGUGAACCCUCUGAUAAGGCUUCUUGUGAUGGGAGUUGCUAGCCUUGAAGGAGAAGUAUGGGCACAUAGGAGGAAGUUGAUCAAUCCCGCCUUUCAUAUGGAGAAACUCAAGGGAAUGGUACCUGCUUUCCGAACUAGUUGCAUUAAUUUAGUCAAGAGGUGGGAGAAAUUGAUGAGCAGUGAAGGAUCAUGUGAAGUGGAUGUCUGGCCUGAACUUCAGAAUCUAACAGGUGAUGUGAUCUCUCGAACUGCAUUCGGUAGUAGUUUUGAAGAAGGAAAGCAGAUUUUUGAACUUCAAAAGGAACAAGCUGCUCUUGUCAUUGAAGCUGCUCGUUCAGUAUAUCUUCCAGGCUUUAGAUUCCUGCCAACUGCAAAGAAUAAGAGGAGAAUAUUCAUCAACAGUGAGGUCAAAAGAAUGUUAACAGACAUCAUCCACAAGAAAAUAGAUUCAAUUAAAAUGAGUGGAAGCGCCAAUGAUGACUUACUCAGCAUGUUGCUGCAAUCCUCUAACCUGAAUUUGGCGACUGAAGAUAAAAACAAGAAGAACAAUGAGAUCACAAUUGAUGAUGUAAUACAGGAAUGCAAGUUGUUCUACUUAGCUGGCCAAGAGACCACCUCAGUUUUGCUUACCUGGACAUUGAUUCUCCUGUCCAUGCACCCUACUUGGCAGCAGAAAGCAAGGGAAGAAGUUCUUUAUACCUGUGGGAAGAAUACACCUGACUUUGAGUCUAUCAGCCACCUCAAGAUUGUAAACAUGAUAUUACAUGAAGUAUUGAGGUUAUAUCCACCAGUCGUCUUUCUGCUACGCUAUGUAAACAAAGAAAUCAAAUUUGGAGAUAUAACAUUACCUGCAGGAGCUGAAGCCUUGAUACCUGUCCUACAAGUCCACCAUGAUCCAGAAAUCUGGGGAGAAGAUGCUGAAGAGUUUAACCCAGAGAGAUUUUCCGAAGGGGUCUCAAAGGCAUCAAAGGGUCAAAAUGCAUUCUUUCCUUUCGGUUGGGGCCCAAGAAUAUGCAUAGGGCAAACAUUUGCCAUGAUAGAAGCAAAGCUGGCUCUGGCAAUGAUUCUUCAACAUUUCUCCUUUGAGCUCUCACCUUCCUAUGCUCAUGCUCCUUACACUGUAGUAACCCUUCAGCCACAAUAUGGAGCUCAUCUUAUUCUUCAUCAACUGUGAGAUCAUCAACUAGCGAGUUCUGGCCCAUACUGAGC